ACAUCCCAAAACCAAAAGGCAUCAGCUGCAUGCAUGGUGAUACCUUCACAGCUCUGCAUAUCCUCAGUGACACCAAUGUCACCUUGUGGGUGUGGGGACAGAGUCUGCCGUGCCCCUGGGUGCUGCUCAUCACCCACCGCUGAUGUUUCCUCCUCCAGGACCAGCCCAAGGAUGAAGAAUCUCCUCUUUGCCGUGCUCUUGGCUUGUGGGCUGGCACCGGCUUGCGGCAGCGUUUUGGAGCUGGAGCGGAUGAUCCAGGCAACGACGGGGAGAAGUGCCCUGCUCACCUACAGCUGGUACGGGUGUUUCUGCGGCAUCGGGGGCAGAGGGACCCCGGUGGACCCCACCGACCGGUGCUGCCAUGCCCAUGACUGCUGCUAUAGGAAGCUGCGGGAAGGCACGUGCAGCCCCCUAAUAACCCCCUACCACUUCAACGUCACCGAUGGGGACAUUGUCUGCGGUACUGAGCAGAGCUGGUGCAAGAGAGAGACUUGCCUGUGUGACAGGGUGGUGGCUUCAUGCUUCGCCAGCACUUUGCCAUCCUACAAUAAUUCCUACCGCUUCUAUUUCAAGCUGAAAUGCAGAGGAAGCUCACUCCAGUGCUGA